AUGGCGAACCCUCUCGAUACCGAUGCUGGCUCCGAACUUUUCAGCUCGUAUGAGGCGGAGCUCAAGCUCGUACAGGCCGAUCUGGCGCAAAAGCUGGACCAGAUCCCCGAACUGAGUGGUGAACCGCGCAAGGCUGCCGUCAGCCAGGCUGAACGCGCCUUGGAAGAGGCAGAUGAACUGCUUGGUCAAAUGCGCCUUGAAAAGCAAAACAUCCCUACGUCUGCACGAGCCAAAGUCAACCAGCGCUUCCGCAACUACGAAUCCGACAUCGAUACAAACCGCCGAAAGCUUACGGGCCUCGCCACUAACCGAGCGGCCAUGUUCGGUUCACGCUACACCGACGAACCAUCCGGAUCAACGGAUAUCAAUUUGGAACAGCGACAGCAGUUGCUGUCGGGAACCGAAAGACUCGACCGAAGCACACAACGACUUCUUAGCAGCCAGCGGCUCGCCAGCGAGACAGAGGCUAUCGGAGCUGAAACGUUGGCCGAUUUGCACAGGCAGGGCGAGACUAUCCGCCAUACGCACGAUACUCUUUUGGACAGCGAGGGUUAUGUCGACCGCAGUGUCAAGACCUUGAGGGGGAUGGCUCGGAGAUCCCGUAUCUCCCUCAUCUCCAAGAGCGAUAUUCGCUACGUGGGGACUUUGCACGAGAUCAAUUCGGACGAGUCGACAGUGUCUCUCGAGAAUGUCCGCUCAUUCGGCACAGAGGGUCGCAGGGGCAGGCCUGAAGAGGAGAUAGCACCAUCAGACCAAGUCUAUGAGUACAUCGUUUUCCGCGGAAGCGAUGUCAAGGAUUUGCGAAUUGAGGAGCACCCCGCUAUCAAGGAGAAUAAGCCUCCUGUCAUGCCUGACGACCCUGCCAUUGUCGGAGCCCGAGCUCGUCCUGGAGCGCAAGGACCAAACCAAAACGCUCCUGCUGGAGCUCCCCCCGGAGCCCCCGGCUUUCCACAACACCAAUACCCUCCCAACCAGUUCUACGGUGGCCCUCCGCCUCCGGGCUCUUGGGGACGAGGUGGACCCGGCCCUAUGGCUGGACCAGGUUUUGGCAACGCACCAUUCCCUCCGGGACCUCCACCCCCAGGCUGGUACCCUCCUCCAGGCCAAGGCUUCCCGCCUGGACCUGGUGGUCCGGGUCCAUGGGGCAACGCACCGUUUCCUCCGGGACCCGGUGGUCCCCCGGGCUCUGAAGCUCCUCAAGGUCAGCGGGCUGCACCUGAGCUCUCCGCCACCCAAGAGUCAAAGCCUCCUGUUGGACCAGGUGCAGACAAGUCGAAGGGAGCUCCCCAAACAGAACCCAAAUCUCACGCUCAAGCGGCGAGACAGUCCUCCAACGCGCCUGCUCCUCCAGUCGAUUCCAAGCCGUCGGUGGAAGAGGUAAAGGCAGUUGCUACAACACUGGCAUCGAACGGAGCUGCAAAGGCAACCGAUGCGUCCAAGGCUAUCCCUACUGGUCCCAAAUCGAACCGUGUCCAGCCAGUUUUGCCUCUCACGGGACCAGCAUCCAAGCCUUUCCAGCCUCCCUUUGCGGCAGAAAAAGCUUCCCAGGCAGCUCCUCAGUCUGCAGCUGCUGGGCCAAGCAGUGUACAAGAUGCUACGAGUGCAGCUAGAGCAGCCGUGGCGCUGGCGAUGGCGCAACUGAGCAACACUGGUGGGAAUGCUAUGGAUAAUCUGACCACCAAGGUCCAAGAGAUGCGAGUCAAUGCCAUUAGAGGCGGCAGCGCAAAUCGUGGCCGUGGACGAGGUGGCCGCCCAGCCAAGGUGGAGGUUCCCGACGCAGACUUCGAUUUUGCUCAGUCAAACGCCAAGUUUAACAAGGAAGACUUUGUUAAGGAAGCUGUUGGGGGCUCUCCGUCGAACGAGGCUCCUGCCGCGUCUGCAACAGAAGGCUCAGAGACCCAAGAUGACACCACUCCUGUGGCAUACAACAAGUCGACGUCGUUUUUCGACAACAUCUCCAGCGAAGCGAAGGAGAGAGCCGAAAACAAUGGCCAAAAACCUGGCGGACGCGAGUGGCGCGGCGAGGAGCAGCGCAGAAACAUUGAGACGUUUGGCCAAGGAAGCGUCGACGGUGGAUACCGAAACUACCGUGGUCGUGGUCGCGGACGCGGAACUAGAGGAGGCGGUCGCGGCUUCAGCCGUGGUGGACGAGGAGGUCCUCGUCCCCAGUAUCAGUCAACUGCCGCUGGCCAGUAG